AUGCACGCUCAGGAUGAUGAUAGUUCACAUGUCUUCGGCAAGGAUCUUGAGAAGCAACUGCCGUUCUUUGACGAGAGUCAUACCGCCCUGCCCCAAAUACCCUCAGAUUUGAUCUCUAUUGAUUCUGUAGUUGAGGCUCGGGUGUUGAGAAAACUGGAUUUAAGGGUUCCCACAAUGCUGAGCUUUUUGUACCUUCUGGCCCUUCUUGACCAAAGCAACAUUGGAAAUGCAAAAAUUGCGGGAAUGCAAGAGGACCUACAUCUUACAGAAAACCGCUACUCAUGGCUUCUCACAAUUUUCUAUAUAUCUUACACACUGUUCGAGUUUCUAGCGCUCAUGUGGAAAGUUAUGCCGCCCCAUAGGUGGGCCGCGAUCACUGCUCUGACCUGGGGUGUGGUAGCAACAUGCCAGGCGGCGGUUCAGAACUGGGCUGGACUGAUGACCCUUCGUUGCCUGCUCGGUAUGGCGCAAGCAGCCUUUGGACCUGGGUCUCCCUAUCUCUUAUCCUUCUUUUAUAAUCGGCGCGAACUUGGUCUGCGUUGUGGUUUGUUUCUUUCAGCCGCGCCUCUUGUUAAUGCGUUUUCGGGCGCUCUUGCGUAUGGAAUUACCUCCGGCCACUCUAAGCUGGCCAACUGGCGUUUGUUAUUCCUCGUUGAAGGAGCUCCCUCAUUAUUGGCAGCCUUUCUGGCAUGGCGUUUCUUACCAGACCACCCUUCCAGCGCUCGAUUUUUAACUGAGGAUGAAAAAGAAGUCGCUAGGGCUCGAUCGCUGCGUCGUAGCGGUGAGCGUGAGCGUGUUGGAGGGGUGAACUGGAAGGAGCUUGCUCAAACUUUACUUGAUGCGAAAGUGUGGAUAGCAGCGUUGAUGUACUUCAGUUGUAACGUCAGCUUCUCCUCGCUUCCAGUAUUUCUUCCUACUAUCUUAGAGAGUAUGGGGUUUACCUCGAUCGAUGCGCAAGGACUCACGGCUCCACCAUUCUUUGCGUCAUUUCUCCUUACAAUCGCGACGACCUGGAUUGCGGAUAAGUUUCAACAACGUGGGUUGACAAUUAUUGUCAUGUCUUUUGUUGGAACGGCCGGAUUCAUCCUCGUUGCUGCCUGCACCUCUGUUGGAGUACGGUAUUUUGGUGUUUUCCUGGCAGCAGCAGGGGGUUUUUCAUGUAUCGCAAAUAUUUUCCCCUGGGUUCUGAAUAACCAAGGUUCCGACAGCCGACGAGGAAUGGGUAUCGUCAUUCUCAAUAUAAUCGGACAAUGUGGUCCUUUCCUGGGAACAAAAGUCUUCCUAGACAGUGAUAGGCCAAGGUAUACCCGCGGCCUUUCGAUAUGUGCUGCAUUCAUGUUCUUCAAUGCCAUUCUAGCUCUUGCUCUUCGGCUACUCCUGGCCUGGGAGAACCGACAUCUGGACAAGAGAUAUGGCGCUUUGGAUAAAUCCAUUAAAAAUAUGAAAGAAGGAACAGUUGGAGAGGAAAACUAUGGAGCGACCUUUCGAUAUGUGUUAUACAACGGCAUUCGAUUCUCUAUCACUGAUCUAUCUUCACCAACUGCUCGCAUCCUGCCGACAGUGUACCAAGAUCGUGCUGGCAUCUCACUUUACGACGCCCAAUUUUCUAGUUCAGAAACAGGCGGUAGCAACGCUGAUCAGAGGCCAAGAGGUCCGAUCCCUGCUGAGAUUGUAGAGCAGGUUGUGCAACGCCUUGUUCGCUUCCAGAGUGUCUGUGAUGACUUUCGGGUGCCGCGGGCGAAUGCCUAUGUGCUUGCUACAGAGGCAACCCGGACGGCACCGAAUUCAGAGGAGUUUAGGGGUCGCAUCAAGGAAGUGACAGGGUGGGAGGUUCGUCUUUUGUCGAAGGAGGAUGAGGGGCGCAUUGGGGCUCUGGGGAUCGCGAGCAGCUCCCAUGCGGUUGCUGGGCUGGCGAUGGACCUUGGGGGAGGGAGUACGCAGAUUACGUGGGUUAUUGCAGAGGAUGGAGUGGUUACGACUUGUCCGAAGGGAUCAUUCAGUUUUCCUUACGGUGCAGCGGCGCUGAGCAAGAGGUUGGAGCAGGCGCGACGGGAGGGUGGGAAAGCUGAAAGGGAGCUGAAGGCGGAGAUGAAGAGGAAUUUUCAGGAUGCUUACCAGCAGCUCGAGAUCCCCGAGUCUUUGAUAGAGAGAAGCAAGGCUCAGGGAAGAUUCGAUCUCUAUCUUUGUGGUGGAGGGUUUCGAGGAUGGGGGUAUGUGCUCAUGAAGCAGGCAGGCGUGAGCCCGUACCCGAUUCCCAUUAUCAAUGGGUUCAGGGCAGAGAGGAAUGACUUUCACGAUACUGCUGCCGUGCUGCAAGAAGUCUCUGAUUCGGACAACAUCUUUGGCGUGUCGAAACGACGAGCUUCGCAGAUUCCAGCAGUUGCGGCGCUGGUCCAUGUGCUGAUGGAUGCAUUGCCUGAAAUCACACACAUCCAAUUCUGUCAAGGAGGGGUACGCGAGGGAUUUCUCUUUGAUAGACUGCCGCAAGAAGUUCGUGCGCAAGAUCCUCUGCUUGCGGCGACUCUACAGCAUGCAUCCCCGUCCCCAGGGGCAAUUACGAAGCUUCUUUUAUCCGCGCUGCCGGAGCACCCAUCUCCGAUCAACUCUUCCCGCACACCUUCAUCCUGGUCUCCACACUUCAUUGCCGCAGUUGCGAAUUUAUUAUUUGCCCACUCCCAAGUACCUCGAGAGUCGCGGUCGGCUGCUGCAUUGCACAGCACAACGACGGGGCUCUUGGCCUCGACCAACUGCGUGUCCCAUUCUGAACGUGCCCAAAUUGCGCUCAUCCUGACCGAACGCUGGGCCGGAGACCUUGCACCCGCAGAUGAAGCAUACUGGCACCAAUUGGUCCGCUGCAUCUCCCCACAGGAGGCAUGGUGGUGUCAAUACCUAGGCCGGAUUGCGACAUUGAUCGGGGAUGUGCAUCCUGCGGGUCGCGUGUCCGAGACGCACUGGAGGAUUGAGCUGGAGACACUGUGGGAUUCGAUUAUUAAGAAGAAGGAGAGGCGCGAUCUGCUCCGGCUCAGGGUUAAAUGCAAUGCGAAUAAUGGCUUCGUCGCGACAUCGGUGCGGGACCAUGUGGAGAAGAUCUCGAAGAUUGGGAAGAAGAAGAACUGGAUACGGGAAUACGGAGUGCGGGUGGAAGUGGUGGUCUGCCAGUAG